GUAUGGAGAGGCAGGGAGGGAGGUUUGAUGGAAGAAGGUGGAGGGAGAGACUCGGACAAAGGAUUGGGAGAAUGAUUCGGAGACAAUGGGGAGGGAAAGAGUGAGAGAGAAAAACAUGGAGAUGUGGGUGUGCCAAGGAGAGACAGACUGAUAGACAGAGGCUGAGGGGAAAAUGAAAAGGGAAAACUGGGGCGAGAUAGGCGGAUUAACGAGCAUGGUUACAGAAUAGUUAGGGAAGGUUGAAUUGAGGAAAAAGUCAGGGUACAGAUUGCAGAAUUCCAGUUUUUUUGAAUGUAUCCCAUAAAAUGAUUUUUGUGCAUUUUUCUCUUUAGAUACUUUUUACAGUGGGCAUUCACACACUAUCUCUGUCAGAGGUGAAAAUAUGUCUUCUGCCUGUCCACCUCAGUCACCAGCUGUUGCAAAAACAGAGAUUCCCUUGGACAGUGGGUCACCUUUGUUGGCUGCUACUUUUGCGUACUGGGACAACAUUCUUGGCCCGAGAGUGAGACAUAUCUGGGCUCCAAAAAGUGAACAGCUGCUGCUAAGUGAUGGCGAAAUAACAUUUUUGGCAAACCACACCUUAAAUGGCGAGAUUCUUCGGAGUGCCAAAAGUGGUGCUAUCGAUGUCAAGUUUUUUGUACUGUCAGAGAAAGGGGUAAUCAUCAUCUCAUUGAUAUUUGAUGGCAAUAUGAAUGGUGACCGUAGUACUUAUGCUCUAUCAGUAAUAUUGCCACAAACUGAACUAAGUUUCUACCUACCUCUGCAUAGAUUGUGUGUGGACAGACUAACACACAUUAUUAGAAAAGGAAGAAUAUGGAUGUAUAAGGUAAGUAUUUAGUAAAUAAAUGCUUUGUGUUCCAAUUCUCAUACCUUGGAAUCUGCUAACAUUAACUACUUUUUCGAUUUGCAACACGAUUGAGAAAUGUUAUUGAGUCUACACUUUGAACAUUAUGGACAAGGGGGAUGAAUUGCCAAAAUGCUUUGGGUGACAUGGCCAGUCCUGUGCUAUAUGUCUAUUGCUAAUAUUUUUCUUGCGCAUUCAGAAGCAGCAGGGUAGUGUUCUCUGAACACAGCCAUGAGUCUCUUCAGAGCAGGUGGACACUCUGCUUAAAUCCUUCACUGUUGAUGUGGCACAUGAAUCAUGCAGUCAUGAAGAUUCCAGGUUUGAUUGUGGUCUGUUCUGUUAAUUCAUUCAGUG